AAAAUAGGAGCCGCCGUGGCCACGUGACGUGUGGAGCUUUUAGUUGGAAUGGAGUCUAACCGGUGCGCUCGCCCGCUGGAGUCGCUCACCCUGUACAUUUAGUCGAAUGCUGGCAGUUGCUUGGGUGCGGCCGACAGGAGCAUAAAAAACAAGCUCGGGCGGAUCUUUUCAAACCAUGAAGCUGGAGGUGAGGAGAAGCGGCGUUGUCGCCGUCGCCCCAGCCGGCAGGUGCGCUCCGGAGACGGUCAACAAUGGCGCUGCGGAGCAGGACUGCCUGGAUCAGAGCACGCAGGUGAAAGCCAAAGUCACAAAGCAGGGCUCCAGGGAGAGCUUACAGCGGAAAAACACAGAGUGUGAGGUGUACGACGACGGGACCAACACGUUUUUCUGGCGGGCGCACACUGUCACCGUUCUCUUCAUCCUUACCUGCGCCCUUGUCUACGUCACACUUUUGGAGGAGACGCCCCAGGACACGGCCUAUAACACCAAGAGGGGGAUCGUGGCCAGCAUCUUGGUGUUCCUCUGUUUUGGCGUCACACAAGCAAAAGAUGGACCCUUCACUCGACCACAUCCAGCUUACUGGAGGUUCUGGCUUUGCGUGACUGUCGUCUAUGAGCUCUUCCUCAUCUUCAUCCUUUUUCAGACGGUGCAUGAUGGGCGGCAUUUCAUGAAAUACAUCGAUCCCAAACUGGGCGUGCCCCUUCCCGAGCGCGACUAUGGAGGAAACUGCCUCAUCUAUGAUCCAGGCAAUGCCACUGACCCCUUUCACAAUCUCUGGGACAAGAUGGAUGGCUUUGUUCCAGCUCACUUUCUGGGGUGGUAUAUCAAGACGCUGAUGAUUCGGGACUGGUGGAUGUGUAUGAUCAUCAGUGUCAUGUUUGAGUUCCUGGAGUACAGCCUGGAGCACCAGCUGCCCAACUUCUCCGAGUGCUGGUGGGACCACUGGAUCAUGGAUGUGCUGGUGUGUAACAGUCUGGGCAUUUACUGCGGCAUGAAGACGCUGGCGUGGUUGUCCAUGAAACCGUAUCAGUGGCAGGGCCUGUGGAACAUCCCUACUUACAAAGGAAAGAUAAAGCGAAUCGCCUUCCAGUUCACGCCAUACAGUUGGGUGAAGUUUGAGUGGAAGCCCGCUUCCAACCUUCGGCGCUGGCUCGCCGUGUUGGGCAUCAUAUUCAUGUUUCUGCUGGCAGAGUUGAACACCUUCUACCUGAAGUUCGUGCUGUGGAUGCCUCCGGAACAUUACCUGGUGCUGCUGCGACUGGUCUUCUUUGUCAACGUGGGGGGCGUGGCCAUGCGGGAGAUCUACGACUUCAUGGACGACCCGAAGUUCCACAAGAAGCUGGGCCAGCAGGCGUGGCUGGUGGCGGCCAUCACCGUGACGGAGUUCCUUAUCGUUGUCAAGUACGACCCCAACACCAUCAUGCUGCCCAUCCCCUUCUUCAUCACGCAGUGCUGGCUGCUGGGCCUCCUCAUCAUACUGGUCUGGACCCUCUGGCGCUUCUUCAUCCGUGACAUCACACUCCGCUACAAAGAGACACGGCGCCGCAAACAGGAAGACCCGGCGGAGCGGGAGCGACCUGUGGGCAACAGCAGCACCAGCGCCCCGUCAGGGCGGAGCAAACUGAACGGCGCCUCAGAUAUGCUGCGACAGAGGAAGUCCUGAGUGGUGGACGACAGCCAAAGAGGACGUACCGCAAGGACAGAUGGACACGCCCACUGUGUGCCGGUCCUUACUGGGGAAGACGCUGGGUGGGCAAAGCCAACUGGAGUCAGCGUGACAAGUAUUUAGUGGGCUUUGCUUGCUGUUUUUUUUUUUUUUUUUUUUGCGCAAAGGAAGAUUUAUUUAAACGUGAGCUGUUGUUGCCGUACGUCCCAUAGUGCAUCACCCGAUACCACAGUGCUACAAACCAUAAUGACACCAACGCCGUUACUACAGUGAAACAUGUUUGUACGUAUGACUGGAGACAUGCUUUUAUUUUGGCGGGGGCACCUCUCUAUCACCUCAUUUCUUUACUGCAAACUGUAACAUUUCAGUUCAUUCAUCCUCCUGCCAAAGCCGUCAUCACUCCUCUCAGGAUGAACGUUUGUUAGAAACCAUUAGUUAGUCGUUAGUCGUGUUUCAACGCGUGGAAAGGAAGUGUAGGUGUUGUACAACGCCGACAGAGCAGUUUGUUGCGGUUGUCGUAUCUUGAAGAACAGCAACACUCGAUUGUGAAGCAACAAUCACAGCAGCCUCAGAAGUCACACUGGGAGCUUCAUGAAGACCAAACUUUUGUUGUGUUUCAGUAUCUAUUUUGUUUUUUGUUAUCAACCUCCAUCUUGUUACGUGGAUGAAAUCAUGUCUCGCUCAGCCAAAGCUUGGACGUCUUUAAAUACUGAACAGAACAGCACCAAAAUGUAUGACCACAGAACCUCAUUGCAACUUAUUUGGCUCCCAUUACCCCCGUUUUUUUAAAUAAAAGGUGUCUUGUUUUUACAUUAAAGGGGACCUAUUAUGCUUUUUUUUUCCACUUUUACUUAUAAAUGUUGCUAGAAUGUCGUAUUCUCGGGUUCAACGAUGCCUAAGUUUAUAAAGAGGGCUACUCAUUUGGAAGUGAGUGCUGAAACAAGUUUGGGAUGGCUGUGAACGCUUGGAGAAAGUGGAGCCAGUGACUUCCUUAUAUGGGCGUACCCGGGUGCAAGGUGUUCAAGCAGUUAGAUGUACAAGCUGAGUGGGGCCAAUCACAACAAAGUGGCCAUGCCCAGACUCAGACCGUGGCGGUUUUGGAAAUAGAGAUGGAAUAGGUGCAGAUUCUGGAAAAUAUACAAAGCUUUCUGUGCUGGUUAUGUGUCGCUGCACCGGAGGACUCCACAACUCAGUCCAAAGGGCCGAAACUGAGCAUAAUAGAUCCCCUUUAAGCGUCCAUUUUGUUGGACAACUUAAAACAGAACAGUGUAUCUGCUGCAACUUGCAAUAGCUGACGUCAUUUUCAAAAUGUCUUAAAAUGUCCCUGCUUAAAAGUGGAGCCAUAACAAUUCAGUAGAACUUUUUUUAAGACGUUGUAGUCCUACGUUAGCCACACGAGGGCAGUGGAGAUACUUGACUUGCUGUAAAAAAGCCAUUACUAUACAACCAAAUAUGUUUUCAUUAAAAAGAUAUGAAAACCGUC